GAACUACUGGGGCCCCGUUCCUUGCUGAGGGUUCCGUAGGUCAACGCCUCGACUGUAGCCGUUUUGGCCCAAGCUGCGCUCGGCCCCCCCCCCCCUCGAGAGGCGCGGGGGGCCGCGCGCGGCCGGCAGGGCCGGCGGCGGGGGCCCGAUCCCCGCCCCCGCCAUGGCGCGCAGGCCGGCGAUGGAGGCCGUCCAGAGAGCGGCGCGGAAGGCGGCGGCCGGCGCGUGCGACGAGGAUGUCGACGUUCGCCCCCCCGUGGCGGAAGCUGUCUCCUUGAAGCCGGUGGUUCGCAUAGGGACCAGGAGCAGCACCAGGCUCUCCCGCGCCUCCUACGUCUCCUCCGGCGAGAGCGGCGCGGGCACACCCACAGUCGCCGUUCAGGAUGUCGACGAUUCCUCCCCCGCAGCGGAAGCGGUCGCCUUCAAGCCGCUGAUUCGCAGAGGGACCAGGAACCAUACCAGCCUGUCCCGCUCCUCCUACGCCUCCUGCGGGAGCGGCCCGAGUACACCCCCAGACCCCGCGCAGCUCAAGAUGAUCAGCGAGACUAGCGCCGUGGAUAAGACGCCGACGUUUCUGCGACAGAUCACGGGCGGCCUUGCGAUGCUGACCAAGGGGAAGUCGAACGACCUGAGGGGCGGCGGACUGGGCGGCUUCCUGACCAAGCAGUUCUCAAAGGGCUCGCUCGACAAGAGGCUCAAGCCCCGAAUCUGCUUAGAGGAAUUGAGAGAGAUGAUUCAUCAGAAUCUGGCCGAGGAGCCUUCUCUGAAGCUGUUCGACUACUACAAGACCGAGGGCGUGGCGCAGCUUAUCGCCAAGAGCACGAUAUUUGAGAAUGUUACCCUCUUUGUGAUUGCCCUGAAUGCCAUUUGGAUGGCUGUCGACACAACUUGGAAUACAUCUGAUUCAAUUGUUGAUGCCGAUCCUGUGUUCAUUGUCGCGGAGAACGCUUUUUGUAUUUAUUUUACAGUGGAGUGGGUCAUUCGGCUUAUGGCUUUCGAGAGAAAACUGUAUGGGCUCAACUCGAAUUGGUUUAUCUUUGACACGGUUCUCGUCGUCAUGAUGGUGUUGGAGACUUGGGUGGCUGUAGGCAUCGUACUGCUUCUCGAUGACGACAGUUUCUCCCUCGGCGACGUGGCGAUUCUGCGCCUCCUCCGCCUGAUGCGGCUCUCCCGGCUGGUGCGCAUGCUGCGGGCGCUCCCCGAGCUGCUGAUCCUGGUGAAGGGAGCGCUCCGGGCCAUGAAGACCGUGGCGUUCGUGAUAAGCCUGCUGCUCGCGAUCACCUACGUCUUCGGCGUCGCGAUGGUCCUGCUGCUAAAGGGCACCCCUGCUGGCGACGACAUGUUCUCCACCGUGCCGCAGGCAAUGUAUUCGCUCCUGCUCUACGGUACGCUGCUGGACAGUCUCGUGCUCGCGUGCGCCAAGCUUGAGGAGUCCAGCGUCGUCAGCCUCGUGGUCUUCUUCGUCUACGUUGCCCUCGCCGCCCUCACCGUUCUCAACAUGCUGAUCGGCGUGCUCUGUGAGAUGGUGAGCGUGGUGGCCCACCAGGAGAAGGACCGGAUGCUGACCACUUGUGCGGAGGAGAAGCUGGCACUCGUGAUCAAAGAGCUGGAUCAAGACGAGGACUUUCGGCUGUCGAAGCAAGAGUUCCUGAGCAUCCUGGUGAAUCCGACGGCGGCGCAGGCUCUGGCAGACAUCGGCGUCGAUCCGAUCGGCGUCAUCGACUUCGCCGACCUCAUCUUCUCGAACGAGGUGGGCCAGGAGACGGACCUGAGCUUCGAGGAGUUCAUGGAGGUCAUCCUGCAGCUGCGCGGAAGCAACAGCAGCACCGUGAGGCACAUGGUCGAGCUGAAGCACAUGAUCGCGCAGCAGCUCGAUGACCUCACCAGACAAGUGCAGGAGCACCAGGAGCACAUGGCUGCUGCAUGCUCGUGCCCUCCCGCCCCGUUCCAGACCGAGCCGGCGGGGCGGCUGGCCUGCCUCCGGCCCGGCGAGGGCGCCGAGACGCCGCCGGGGCGGGCCAGCGCCGACGCCCCUAUGGUGUCGCAGGAUCUCCCUCCCGAGAGGGGCGUCGGCCACUCCCACAGGGCCUGCGACGAGCUGCCCCCUCCCCCGGGGAGGCUCGCGAGGGCCACGUGCGAGCUGGCCCCAGACGUCCCGCCCAUGGCCAGCGAGGAUGCCGCGGGCCGCGCGGGGGGCCCGUCCUUCGUCCCGAGGGCCGCGUCGCCGGCCUCGCAGAGGCCCGGCGCGCUCAGCCCUCGCGGCUCUGCCUGCUCGUCCUGCCCGUCCCACUCCGACGGCCCGGACCUGUCGGAGGAGCUGAGCGCACUGUCCAGCCGGACGCAGCGCAUCGAGGACACCUUGGCCGAGGUCUUUGCCGAGGUCAAGAAGCUCAGCGCCAUGUUCGCGACGGAUGCUUCGCCCUGCGGGGACGUGCCCUCCAUCGACGAGCAGGUGCCGCUGGCGGGUUCAGUGCCGCUGCCGCCGCUCGUCAUACCCGGGGUUCCAGUCCCGGCGACGCCGCUGGGCGGGUGAGUUACAGAGGCUGGCAUCCAGUCUUCUCCUGUGCGACCCCGGCUGCUGCUGUGAUUCCUUCCCCUCCCCUCGCGUGGCGAGCGGCGUUUUUCAAGUAGACUGGCCCUUUUUCCGAACGGUCUGUUUGAGCGCGGACCGUACGAUGGCCUCCCUGCCAGCGCCGUCCUUUCGCUGCCCGGACCUGCAAUGGAGGGAGACUGCAGAAACAACGAAGAUGAUCGAUUCG